AUGGAACUUCUGGAAAACUGGGGUGCACCGGAUUGUAUUGGUCUGACUGGUCUAGAAUUUCUCGGACCACAUGGGAUCAUUUUGGAGCAUUUGGACUGUAAUGUUACCGCAUCCGUUGCUUCACAAAUCGCCCACAGGUAUAGAUCUUUACUGCAAAUAUGUUAG